AUGUAUAGCAUAAAGAAAUCCGGACAAUUAAACAUGAGUGAACGCCCUCAGCCUUUGAAGGCUGUAAAUCGAUUCUUUGAAGGAAAGGAGCCAUGGCAGAUUGUGACUAUGACUGCAUCCUCUGUGCUGGCCUUAGUCUGGGCUCAUAGUCUCUAUAAUGCAAAAGAGAGUGUCACAGUGCGUUUACGUAAGGAGUUCUUCAGAUGGCUUCGUCACGUGCCUAUAGUUAGGCGUAAAAUAGAGGAGAAGAUGACGGAAAUCAAACGAAACUUCAAGAAUGACGUAAUAAAAAGACUCGAGGGUAUGACCAUAAACAGAGAGUUGCCUGAACAAGGUCUAACUGCAGAACAGGUUGCUGAGGAAGUUAAACUUCAUCUUGCAUUGGGCUCGUACGAUUGGAAAGCGGGUAACGUAUCAGGUGCGGUGUACCACGUGAGCGAGGAUAUAGGAAAAGUGGCGUGCGACGCGUACGCCCUGUCCGCGUACACCAACCCGCUGCACGCGGACGUGUUCCCCGGCAUCAACAAGAUGGAGGCGGAGAUCGUGAGGAUGACGGUCAACUUGUUUCACGGCGAUGAUGAGUGCUGUGGGACGGUGACAACAGGAGGUACGGAAUCCAUAAUAAUGGCGUGUAAAGCAUACAGGGAUUUGGCUUAUGCCAAUGGUAUUAGCAACCCCCAAAUGAUAUUACCAACGACAGCUCACACUGCCUUUGAUAAGGCAGCACAAUACUUAGGUAUUUCUGUUGUCACUGUGCCUGUGUCUAGUGAGACGUUCACUGUUGAUGUCGAUGCGGUUAAAAGGGCUAUUGGACGAAGAACUUGCUUGAUAGUCGGUUCAGCACCAAACUAUCCAUACGGCACAAUGGACGACAUAGUCGCGUUAUCCGAUAUAGCGGUAGAAUACGGGGUGCCGCUGCACGUGGACGCGUGUUUGGGCGGGUUCAUUGCGGCCUUCAUGCCCAAAGCGGGACAUGAUAUACCUCCUUUCGACUUUGCAUUGCCUGGUGUCUCUAGUAUAUCUGCUGAUACACAUAAGUACGGGUACGCGCCGAAGGGCACGUCGGUGGUGGUGUACCGGCGGCCGGCGCUGCGCCACGCGCAGUACACCGUCACCACGGACUGGCCCGGCGGCGUGUACGGCUCGCCCACCGUCAACGGCAGUAGAGCCGGCGGUCUCAUAGCCGCGUGCUGGGCCACCAUGAUGUUCGUGGGCCUCGACAGGUACAUCAAGAUGACUGACGAGAUCAUCACAACGGCACGGCAUAUUGAAGCAGAAUUGCGUAAAAUAGAAGGUAUAUACAUAUUCGGCAAGCCGGCGACCUCGGUGGUCGCGUUCGGCUCCCACCAGUUCGACAUCUUCAAGCUGGCGGACAAGAUGCACCAGAAAGGGUGGAGUUUGAACGCUCUGCAGUUCCCGCCCGGCGUGCACAUGGCGGUGACGCACGCGCACACGCAGGCGGGCGUGGCGGCGCGCCUGCUGGCCGACGCGCGCGCCGCCGCCGCCGCCUGCCGCCGCGAGGGCCACGAGCCCGUGCAGGGGAAGAUGGCGAUCUAUGGCGUUGCCCAAAGCAUUCCAGACAGAAGCUUAGUGUCUGACAUCACUAAAUAUUUCAUUGAUUCCAUGUAUUACCUACCAAAGCCUGAAGAUAAAGAUGAAAAU